CUUUUAUGAAAACCACAAGAAGUGUAAGGCGUGGUGCGAAUGGAUAAAUCUUGACAUGGCCAUUGCAACUCUUCCCUCCUCCCAUCACCUCCUUUUCUGCUUCUUCUCUUCAGCAUCUUCCAAAUUCUCAAUUACUACACAACUAUGCCUAAAUUCCCCCCCAAAGAAUCGUAUUUCACUUGUCAUUUGUUCUUCUUCUACUUCGCCCCCUCCGCCAUCAUCGUCGUCGCCCCAAGUCAGUGAACCCACUCCCACUGCUGAGUCCUGCGUCAAUGCCGGCCUCGACCUCUUCUCUAAAGGACGGGUGAAAGAUGCUCUUGUGCUGUUCGACACAGCACUUACUUUAAAUCCCAACCCUGUGGAGGCUCAAGCUGCAUUUUAUAACAAAGCAUGCUGCCAUGCCUACAGGGGGGAAGGAAAGAAAGCUGCUGAGUGUUUACGCACUGCUUUGAAAGAGUAUAACCUCAAGUUUGGCACAAUCCUUAAUGAUCCGGAUUUGGCUUCCUUCAGAGCAUUGCCUGAAUUUAAGGAACUACAGGAAGAGGCUAGGUUAGGAGGGGAAGACAUAGGGUACAGUUUCCGUAGAGACCUUAAGCUCAUCAGUGAGGUACAAGCACCAUUUAGGGGGGUCAGAAGAUUUUUCUAUGUGGCAUUCAUUGCUGCUGCUGGAAUUUCUACAUUUUUCACUAUACCCAGGUUAAUCCGUGCAAUUCAAGGUGGAGAUGGUGCUCCUGAUUUUGGGGCCACUGCAGGAAAUGCUGCUAUAAAUGUCGCUGGUAUUGUUGUUUUUGUGGCGUUGUUGUUUUGGGACAACAAAAAAGAGGAGGAACAGCUUGCACAAAUAUUGCGUGAUGAAACACUAUCAAGGCUGCCUUUGCGCCUUUCAACUGAUAGGAUUGUUGAACUCGUCCAGCUAAGAGACACCGUGAGGCCUGUUAUUUUGGCUGGAAAAAAGGAGACAGUCUCUCUGGCUAUGAGAAAUGCUGAGAAAUUCCGUACUGAGCUUCUUAAACGCGGAGUCCUUCUAGUUCCUGUUAUUUGGGGUGAAGGCAGGGAAACAAAAAUAGAGAAGAAAGGUUUUGGUCUUUCGCAAAAGGCAGUUGCUUCCCUCCCAUCCAUAGGGGAAGAUUUUGACCAAAGAACUCAGUCAAUAAUUGCAAAAUCAAAACUGAAGUCAGAGAUCCGGUUCAAGGCGGAGGUCGUUUCACCUACAGAGUGGGAAAGGUGGAUAAGGGAUCAACAGAAGUCUGAAGGUGUGACUCCUGGCGAAGAUGUCUACAUUAUACUUCGUCUAGAUGGUCGUGUUCGACGAUCAGGAAAGGGAAUGCCUGACUGGGCUCAAAUUUUAAAGGAACUGCCUCCAAUGGAAGCAAUAUUAAGCAAGCUAGAAAGAUAAUACAAGUUUCUCUUGCUGAGUGCUAAAAUCUUUUCACUACCUGGUGUAUUUUCGGUCAGUCUCCUUACUUGAAAUAUAAAAGGCACUAAUUGAUGCCUGUCGAGCUUGUCUGUUUUACGUUCCAUUUUUUCACGAACAUAUACUGUACUAUAAUUCUAUAAAUUGAUAUUGAUAUUUGCCAGAUGAA